UGUGUGAUUGCACGUACCUUGUACAUAUUACUCGAUGCUUUGGUUCCUAUUUUGAACGUUAAGGGGGAACCAUACGCCUGAUGACAGCAUUUUGCCAAGUUCUGUUUUUUGCACUCCUAGUCAGGUGUUUCGUUCAUCUUUAUGGACUCAAACAUUGUGUUUUCUGUCCCUAUCAUUCUCAAAUCGGACGCAUAUGGCUUGGGAGCCACGUAUUACGUGGCGUGAUGGCCGUUAAGGAGCAUGGCGUAGUUUCUUGUGGGACAAUAUCCAGUUAUUCACACUUACAGAUCUUAUCGUGUUUGACUCUUGCGCUUAUCCAUGCUACAGCCUUUUGAUUGCCUCCCAGGAAGAAGACCAGUUAGCCCUGAACUUGGAGGCCAAAAGAGUCACCAGCCAAAGAAGCACCCGGCGGAGGAAGAACUUCAACCUC